AUUUGUUCUGCCAACUCUGAUAGCACUCAAGUACUGGCAUACCUCCUUAUUCACGCGGUGACUUGCGCUGCGGAGAGUUGGCGUUCGCCGGCUGAGACAGAAGUGGAAUGUCAUUCCAUCCAAUUGGGAUUUUGUUCGAAUUUGAGUUUGGCUCGCUGGAAACUCCUGCAGUUGUACAUCCUAGCUGGGAAUUCCCCACGUUCAGUCUGGCAGUAGAGUUUGCCGGAUCGCGCUUCGUUUGUAGUUUACAUGGGUUGCAAUCUUUAAGACGACAAGAAAGAAUUGUGAUCGACAUGGCUUCGUCGGAUUGAAUGCUUCUGCGUUCCAUGGUGCAGGUUUGGAGUUCUAAAAACGUAUUUCUCGUCUUGGUCGAGCUUCAGACUACGGUGGUACCAAUACUUCUCCACAACGCUGUGUGUGGUUCAUCUGUUUCUUGAAGUCGUAAAACCUGCGAAAUUUUCCUGCCAGAGUUGUAGCAUGAUCAUUUUUCACGGCUGGUUUCGAAACAAGAGUUUGCGAACUCAAAUUCAAUACACUGCGACAACAGUACUUUCUUCAAUCUUUCCCUUCGUGCUCCAGUAAAGAGCUCGAAAACCUGCUGUCCUUUUGCUACAAAUUGGGUGGGAAAGACAGUGCUGAGUCUUAGACGUUAGCCGUGACCUUUUCCUUGAAGCUGGCAAGAGGGAGUGCUGGCGUUUAUCCAGUGGCAGGUUAUACCAAGACGGUCAAACCUGUUAUAGAGAAGAUGUUUCUUGGGCACCGGGCUUUCCCUCUUCUCCAAGGUCCUUGGGCCUGAACUUGUCACGUUUAUGAUCGAGACUCGGAACAAUGCCCUGCACGCAUGAUCGUAUGGUUGAUUGCAACGGAGCGACUGGAAGCCCCGGUCGUCGACGAUGUGAAUAUGCAGAUGCGCUAGCGUGUGAUACGGGACGUGCUGUCCCAGUUGAGGAGCAGGAGUCCACGGAAGAUCGUCUUUGUCCCAAUCUCUACCGUCAUUCUCCAGCAGAUGGUCAUUACCAAACGCAUAUCAACAGAGGUUCCAUAGACUAUCCUUGUUCAGAACUUCAGUCUCUCGACGAGAGCAUCGAAAGAGCAGAUAUCGGAGCUGCGUCGCCUCAUUUACAGACACUGAAUUCUUGGGACGAAAAUGGACAAGUGGAUGACUCCUGUAGAGGACGGAGAUGGGUCCUGGCUAACCAGUCUGCAAGGAGCGAAAUUUGUCCUAAUCUUUCAGGAACUUUGCUUCCGCAGAAUCCUCGGAAAGCUUGCAGUGGUGGCAGUCAAGCCCAUAAGCUAGCUCGAGAAAUAAAAGAUCGCCUAAACUAUAGUGAAGUGCAAAUGAGAUUGCUACGAGAAGAGCGGGAUAAUGCUGUACAUGAAUUGAUGAAACUGUCGGACACAGUUACAAACUGCACAACGAUAGCAGAGGACCAGGCUAAGCUUUUGAAAGAACAAUCGGAGACCAUACGCAAGCUUGAAAAAAAGAUUCAAACGCAUGAGAAACUUAAACAGGAGUUGCGGCGGGAGCACAAGCAGGAAAUCCAGUCCAUUGAGGAACACUUGCAAAUUACUCAAACUGAGAGCAAGGAGAAAACCCAAGUUCUUGAAGAUGACAAUCAGCGUAUGCAAGUUCAGUGCAAGAAUUAUGAAGAGAAAAUUCAAGUUCUUGAGGAAACUAUUGAGCGCUUUCAUACUGAACAUAAGGAAAGUCAAGAGAAAAAUGACAACAGGCGCAUGCAAGAGCUUAAAGCGGUGAACGAGGAACUCAACGGCUUUAAGAAGGACAAUCAACGCUUGCGAGAUGAAAGAGAAGAAUUUAAAGAGAGGAUUCAAAACGUUGAAGAACUUUGUAGUCGUUUGCAAGCCGAGAAAGAAGAAUAUAAAGAGAAGGUUCUAUGCUUCGAUGAAAUCAAUAAGCGCUUGCGAGCGGAACGAGAGGAUUUUAAAGGAACGUUGAAAAGCUUGGAAGAUGUCAAUAAGCGCUUGCGAGUCGAGCGAGAGGAAAUUAAAGAGAAGGUGCAAAGCUUCGAGGAUAGCAACCAUCGCUUGCGAGUCGAGAGAGAAGAUUGUAGAGAAAAGUUCCGGAGUUUGGAAGACAUGAAUCAGCGCUUGAGAGUUGAAAAAGAAGAAUGUAAACAACAAAUGUCAUCAUCUGAGGAAAGUAUUAAGGCGAUGCGUGUCGAGCUGAAGGAAGACAAAGAGAAAUUGCAAAGCAUAGAAGGGAACAAUCAGCUUCUGCAGCUUCAGCUGAAGGAGUACAAGGAGACAAUUGAAAGCCUACAAAUUGUCAAUGAGCAUAUGCGGGUUGAUUUGAUGGCAAAGGAAGAGAAAAUAGGAAUGCUUGAUCACAACAAUCAGCUAUUUCAUUAUCAGGAAAAGGAAUUUCAUGAGAAACUACAAAGGUUGGAAGACAACAAUCAACUUUCACACAUGGAGCUUACUGAAUGUAAGCAAACGAUUCAAAGAUACGAAGAAGAGAAUAUGCGACUGCACAGUGAGCUUCAAGAAUAUAGAAAGAGAUUACAGAAUUGGGAAGAGAAAUGUCAAUCUAAAGAAUAUGAGAUUAAGCAUAUGACAGAGAUGGUAAAGAAUCAAGAGGCCCAUAAGGAGCUCAUGGAAGCUCAACGAAUACAGGGGAUCAAAGCGUAUGAAGUCUCCAUUCAGCAGAUGCAACUCGAACAUAGAGAGGAACUUCGUGCUGUUGGGGAAAGCAAUGACCGCAUCCACAUGGAGCACAAGAAGAUGAUUUCAGCUCUUCAGCAAGAUUUGGAUCUUGUUCAUGCAAAAAGCAAAGAGAAAACGAAAGGUCUUCAACAUACUAUCCACCAACAAAAGGAGGAAAUAAGAAUGUUGGGAGAAAAAAUCAAGGACAUGUGUGUUGAAUCCAAACGUGAAAAUGCAACACUUGCUACCAGCAUCCAAGAAAUCCAAGCUUGCGCUAACCAGGAAAGAGAAGUAUAUACGGAACAACUAUGCCUACAUGAACAACGAGCCGUAAUUCAGGAUGAAAAGAUUGAAAAGCUGAUGCAUAAAUUAAACGUUGCGAAAUCAGAACUUUCCAAGACAAAGACAAAAGAAACCGAGUUAAAGAACAACUUAGAAGUUCAGGAACUAGCAUACCAAGAAAAAAUUAAAGAACUUCGUGCAUCAUCUAAGGAGAUCCAAGAGUUGACGGACGUAUGUGCUGAGUUUCGUGAACACAAAGAGACAGUAGAUCAAUUAUGGAUCGACAAUGCUCGACUUGUGCAAUUGCUAGCUGAGAGUGGUGAAUAUCAAGAUCUUAUAAAAGAGAUGAAAGAAGGAAACGGCUUGAUAUUUAGUCCUUCUCACUUCAAAGCAUCAAAAUAUCAGACUCUAGCGCAGAGAUACGGCGCAUUGAGCACAGGAAGUUCAGUAAACUUCAAAACCGAGAACGAAAACUGGAUUCCUGCUGAUCUGUACGAGUUGGUAAUGACGUUUCGAAGAGAACACUCUUGGGAUAUUUCAAUCGAGGAUUUACAUGAAUUUUUGCGUUUGAUCAAUACGUUUUGGCAUGAACGAGAAAAAAAGCACAUGAUGCAAACAAAAAUAAAAUAUGAAAGAAAACUAUCGGAUAUCAAAAGACAUCAUCUACAGCGUAUACCAUAUGAGAAGGUUGUUCGUUCAUGUCAAUCUCGGUCAUUUGACAAAGUUAACAAGCUUGAGAAUGUUCAGGAUUCAUGGUAUGAAGAAGACGAAGAGGAAAACUCUUAGAAAAUUUACAAUUGAUUAUUAUAUUUAUGCAAAUUUUGUGUACUUUUACC